AUGAAGGCUUUAAUUGAGCAUGGCAAUUCGGAGGAAAUAAAGAGCUAUAUGGACGAGAAGGUAAAUCCGUGCGAUGAUUUCUAUGCAUUUGCAUGUGGUAAUUCAAACAAUUCAGGACUAGGCCAUUUGAUAAAGAAGUCCUUCAAUCGUAGACUUUCAAUUAUAUUGAAUGAUCAGAGGGAGGAUAACUACGAUACGCCCAUAGACAAGCAAGUGAAAUUAUUUUAUCAAUCAUGCAAGCGGAUUAAAAUUGGAUCCAAUUAUGAGGAAUCACUUAGGCACCUGAUAUCGGAGUUUGGAACUAUGCCUGUGCUGGAGGGCGAUGCCUGGCAAGAGUCACAAUUCGAUUGGCAGGAGACGAGUGCCCGAAUCUCCUACCGCUAUGGAGUAAUGCCUAUUCUUGCUGUGGUAAUAACGAGCGAUUUCGCGGAAAACCACAUAAAUAGAGCUUACCUAGGCCAUCCGGAAUUUCACUUACAAACAAAAAGCAUGUACGCCGAUGAAGAACACGCAAUGGAACGCAUCGAUUAUAAAAAUAAAAUCCAAAAAAUUCUGGAGAAGUUUCUUAGCGUCGAAUCACCACUGGCCAGACAAACUGCCCAAGAAUUAUUGGAUUUUGAGGUUGAAUUGACUAGAGAACUGCCACAAUCUCAUGAAGACUUUAUUCCUGACAAAUUAACGAUUUCUGAGAUGCAUGAGCGCUAUUCGCACAGCAUUGACAUAGAACGUUUCUUCUAUUUGAGUUUGGGUGAGAGUCUAACCGAUUCUGUGUACGAACACUUUCCAAAGUAUCAGAGAAAUCUCGUUGAAGUUUUGAAACGAACACCUGCAAAAACAUUGGCUAACUAUAUAUUCUAUCAAUUGGUCAGUUAUUUUAGCGAAUUUCCAUCUGAGACAGAGAAGAAACAGAGCGAAGCUUGCGUUGAUGUAACCAAGAAGCAUUUUGCCAAAUACUUGGAUAAUAUGGCAUAUCGUCGUAAUAGUAAUAGAAAUGAAAUAUCUAAGGAAAUUGAACACAUUUGGCAGGGACUUAAGAACACUUUUGAUCCCACUUUACGUAACAGUUCAGUGCUUGACUGGAUGGAACCGGAUAAUCGGGAAGACGCCAUUAAGAAACUGGCAUCCUUAAAACUUCACAUCAACUCGUACGACGAGAAUGAACUCGCUACAGAAUAUGCUGAUCUGGAGUUGAAGGGUGUGGAUUAUGUAAAAGAUCUCCAAAAGAUUCGUCUUUUAGAAAUGGUGCAAAUUCGCAAGGCUUUUCAUAAACCGGCCAAGUCACAAGAAAUAUAUCCUGGCGAAACUCCUGUUAAUAUUUUCGCGACGAAUACAAUCAGCAUUCCAGUCUCUUUGCUGGAACCCUAUCCAUUCUGGAGUGAAUCGUACCCCAAAUCCAUUCUGUAUGGUACAUUGGCCUCGCUUAUCGCACAUGAAAUUUUGCACACAUUCUAUGGUAUGGGCAGUAGUUAUGAUCACAAUGCCGAACUCUGUGACCAACAGGAAUGCUGGGACAACAAAACAAUGAAAAAUUUCGAAAAACUAGAUGGAUGCUUUAAAAAACAAUAUAAAAAUUACGUGUACAGUUACGACAACAUUAAUCUAAUUGAAAACAUAGCAGACAACGGAGGUAUUCGUCUGGCUUAUGCUGCAUAUCGCAAUUGGUAUCGAGAUGUUGCUCAAACUCUGAAGGACAAAGAGAAGCUGCCAGAUCUUAACUACUCGGCCAAUCAAUUGUUCUUCAUUAGCUAUGCCCAAAAUUGGUGUAACAAUGGAGAGGAUCCAAUCAAGAAAUCAGUCAAAGUGUUUCUACCCUCUCAACUAGAGCAACAAAAGAAGUAUGAUGUGGAAAAGUUUCGAGCGAUAGGACCACUUUCCAAUUUCAAAGAAUUCUCAAAAGAGUUUCAAUGUCCAAUCAACGCAAACAUGAAUCCCACUAACAAGUGUAAAAUGUUUUAA